CCCGUUGAUUCAACGAUAUCCGUCAAGGUCAGCAAUUGGUGCUGAAGAAAUCGAAACAAUUACGGUUGCCGAUGUCCUGUCGCGGGCCGGCAUCGCUGUAACUCUUGGUGGAUUGCAGGGAGAUGGCGUAUUAAAAUGCGCUCAUGACAUCGGCAUCAAGGCCAACGCACCUCUCACGGAUUUGCGUUCAAAGUUGUACGAUGCGAUUGUCAUGCCUGGUGGACUCGGUGGAGCAAAGGCAAUGGCUGGCUCCUCAUUGGUGAAAGAGAUGUUACUUGCACAUGAGAAAGCGGACAAGUAUAUCGCGGCCAUUUGUGCAGCUCCCAUUGGUUUGCAAGCUCAUGGAAUAGCCUUGGGAAAGAAGCUUACCGCUUACCCCUCAUUCAGAGACCAGCUACCAGGUUUCAAGUUUUGUGACGAAGCGGUCGUCGUUGACGGAAAGUUAGUCACCAGUCGCGGUCCCGGGACUGCUAUGCAGUUUGCUCUAAAGCUGGUCGAACUUCUGGUGAACCGAAAAACGGCAGUCAAAUUGGCCGAAGGACUUCUCGUGGACUUAAAAUAGUCAAUACGUUCUGAUCCGCUCCCUAUUGAAUACUUGCGCACAUUUUGUUGCGUUGCUGUCAUUUGAUAGAUUGCAUUUCUGUCUACUUUAGUAAAACGGUAUUUGAUGACUCAUGUAUCCCACUGGCAUAUAAUACGCUAUUUAUCAC